CCCCGUCUUCUUUGCGCCUAUGCGAUUAUUCGGAACUGUCACUCCUGCAAACAAGCAAGAAACACCUGACAGGACACCAUGUCGCAUCUCCAAGCGUCGCAGCUCUUCUCGGUCGAUGGGUUGGUGGUCAUCGUAACCGGCGGUGGCAGUGGUUUGGGUCGGACAAUGGCCCUCACUCUCGCUGAAAACGGUGCCUCCAAGGUCUUCAUCCUGGGUCGCCGCGAGGAAGCUUUGCAAGAGACAGCGGCCCUAAGCAAGAAAGACUCGAUCAUUCCAGUCAAAGCCGAUAUCACAUCGAAAGAAUCCCUUCAAGCAGCCUAUGACACAAUUGCCGAACAGACAGAUCAUGUCAAUCUGCUCAUAGCCAACAGCGGUGUCCUAGGCGACAUCAUGCGUCCUCCUGGACCAAAGCCGGAUGGGUCGAUCCCAAGUCUUUCUGAAGUUCGUGACCAUUUGUGGUCCUUCCCCACGGAAGAGUUCUCCAGUGUCAUGGAUAUCAAUGUCACGGGGACUUACUAUACCGUUCUGGCGUUUCUGCCCUUGCUCGAUGCAGCGAAUAAAAGAAGGCCGGCGCCUGUGAAGAACCAGCCCGCUGCGCCCACGGCACAGGUUAUCAUCACCAGCUCCAUCGCUGCCUACAAUCGACGCGUGGCGUUCAACUUCGCAUAUAAUCUCUCCAAGGCGGCGACGAAUCAUUUGAUCAAGAUCCUGUCCACGACUCUGACGCCGUACCAUAUUCGUGUCAACGGAACCGCCCCGGGUUUGUACCUGUCUGAGAUGACAACGUCAAGUUUCGGAUCCGAAGACUCGGGUGUCUCGGAUGGAUCCUUCCCCAGCGAAAUGGUGCCGCUGACUCGAGCUGGCAGCGAUCAAGAGUUCGCGGGGAUGGUUCUUUGGAUGGCCAGUGCUUCUGGGGCCUUUAUCAAUGGGAAUAUCACAGUGACCGAUGGAGGCCGAUUGAGCACGGUGCCGUGCACUUAUUAGAUAACUAGCAUUAGAAAGUAUGGGAAGCGCAUCUCAUAGACAUGUAUAGAAACUCGAAU